AUUGAGUUUACCAAGAUUUGCCAAAAACUAGGCUGGAAGGGAACCGGCUCUCGGUGGGACAUUCUGCCCAUAGUGGUCUCUACUCCUGGAGAAGACCCUCAACUGUUCCCCCUACCGGAGGACCUGGUGAUUCGCAUCCCCAUCGUCCACCCACGCUACGAGUGGUUCGAAACGGUGCUGCAGCUGCAGUGGUACGCCCUGCCUGCCGUCAGCUCGAUGAAGUUCGACGUCGGUGGCAUCGAAUUUCCCGCCUGUCCCUUCAGCGGCUGGUACAUGGACACCGAGGUGGCGGUGAGGGACCUCUGCGACCCCCACCGCUACAACGUCCUCCCCCUGGUGGCCGCCCACAUGGGCCUGGACACCGCCUCCAAUGCGACCCUGUGGAAGGACCGAGCGGCCGUCGAGGUGACCGCCGCCGUCCUCUACAGUUACCAGCGCGCCAAUGUGACCAUCGUCGACCAUUACACCGCCGCCGAGUCCUUCAUGAAGCACCUGGAGAAUGAAAACCGCCUCCGCGGGGGCUGCCCCGCCGACUGGGUGUGGAUCGUGCCGCCCAUCAGCGGCUCGCUGACGCCCGUCUUCCACCAGGAAAUGCUCAACUACGAGCUGAAACCCGCCUACAAGUACCAGGACCCGCCCUGGAAGACCCAUGUCUGGAAGAACAGUACACUGGAUGGAGCGGGUGGUGGGCGGAAUUCAAUUGGCGGGACGCCCCGCAAGCUGCGCUUCAAAGAAAUCGCCAAGGCGGUCAAGUUCACCUCGAACCUUUUUGGCAAAGCGCUGAGCAAGCGCAUCAAGGCGACCAUCCUCUACGCCACCGAAACCGGCCGCUCAGAACUCUUUGCCAAGCGGCUGGGGCAAAUCUUUUCGCACGCCUUCAAUGUCUCGGUUAGGACAAAAAGUCACAAUAGUUUACAAAUCGAACAACUAACAAAAUCACCCUCUCUCUUAAAUCAGGUAAACUGCAUGGACGCCUACGACACGCUGCACCUGGAGCACGAAACCCUACUGCUGAUCGUGACGAGCACCUUCGGCAAUGGCGACCCGCCGGAAAACGGCGAAUCGCUCGCCAAGCAGCUGCAGGCCAUUCGCCUCACCGGCGAGGUGGCCCACGACCUGGACCGCGAUUCGAUCAGCGUCCCCGUCACCUACCACUACUCGGUGGAUCAGCCCAGUUCGGCGGACAUUGGUGGAAUUAGUGGUAAUGUGGGCAGCAGCUUGGGCAGCUCCCUGCCCGGAAGCGCCAAAUCAACUGCCUCAGACGGAGGAGGAGGCCUCAAUCAAAGCAGCAAAAAUGCGUACGAGCUCAGCAUUGAUGAGCGGCGCACCACCGGACCGAACAGUCCGACGCCGACGCUGGAGGACAGCUUCGCCUUUGCCGACCACGUCGGACCGCUGAGCAAUAUUCG